AUGGCCACCAUCCAUAAGCAGAUCAUCAAUAGCACUUUAGGCGACGGUGCAUCUGUUGCUGAGUUACUUCGGCGUCAAGCCACUUUUCUCAGCGAUACUGAGUUGCCGACUGAGCUGCGAUCGCGAGGACUGGAGCUCUUCAACACUGCACUCUUCACUGAUACGCCAGCCACGUCGCAGGCGAGGCGAUCAGUCGUGACGGUACUCAGACAUACUAUCGAGGCUAUAGAAGCUCUCUACAUCGGAUCCGACCGACAACAAGCCGCAGUCCGUGAAGCCGACAAAUCUCAAGGUAGCGCAAUGGGCGGCAUUGAGGAUGAGCCCGUGCCUGACGAACAGAAAUUCAGCUCAGCCCACAAACCCACUAAGCAACGCAAGGAGCUUGGAAUCUCAAAAAGCCCGCGAGUGCAAGCCGCUCUUGAAGCGCGACGAAAGCGACGCGAUCUCACGCAUGCACCUCGCAUGUCUGCAACCACGGGUGUACUGAAGGCUCUCAAUCGCCCGAGACGUACUGCAACUUCAGGGCCCGCCAAACGCAUCAAUGCAAUCAGCGAAGGAAUCGAGAAAACCAGCAACGCCACUAACAUGCCGUCUCCUGUAAGCGCUCUAAUCGGAGAUGUUUGCUCCUCACCCUCAGCACAUGCUAACAAAGCCCAGCCGACAUUUACAAACCGCACAACCAGGUCCAAAGGUAUCGGUAGCAAACCAAACUCCACGCCAGAGAAGCCUAGCUUGAUUGUGAAGCUGCACAUUCCAUCUCCAUCGCUUCUUACUAUAAUCACCACCACCACCAUGAAGCAAGAAAAGCCAGUCCGCCGGUCCAAGCGUGUGAAGGUCAAGAGCGAAGGAUUCGUUACCAACAAAACUCACGACACGAUCAAGCACUCGGGCCAGGACCCCAUCAGCCAAAUCACUCGCCAGCAGCACUCCUUCAACCUCUCAGUCGCGCUCCAAUACAUCAUGGGAAACCACUUCGUCCUCGACAACAUCCUCACCGUCCAUCCCCGCCGCUCCAACGACGCACAGAAACGACAAGAGCCUUCCAUUGCACCCACGACCCAACAUACAUACACUUCCCCCCCCUUCCCCAAACUCCCCGCGCCCCGCCGCGCCCCCUUCUAUCUCGGCGCCACCAUCGCGCUGUCCAACAUCCUCGAGGACCACGCGCUGUACCCCGAUGAGACGUUGCUUGAGACCAUCAAGGGCCUGGAAGACGACCUGCCGACGUUUGAAAGGGAUGAUUGGGAGCAUAGGACGGUGGUGAAGGGCGGGAUGUGGGUUUGUGGGAUGGUGAGAGAGGCGGGGGGAUUGGGGUUGAAGGGAGGUGGAGAGAAGGGAGAGGAGGUGAAGAAGGGGAAGGGGAAGGGGAAGAGGAAGAGGAAGAGAAUUGAAAGUGGGGAUGAAGAGGUGGAUGUUGUUGAGAUAGUGCAGAGAUUGGAGGAAUGGGUGGAGAGGGAGUGGGAGAGAACAAGGCCUGCGGAGAAGGUAGUGGUGGUGCUGGCUGAAGAGGAUGGAGAUGAUGGUGAGAGCGAAGAUGACUGUGGGUCUGGAAGUCGGUACCGUACGCCUGAGGUUGAGGACUUCGAGAGGAGGAAGAGAAAGAGUUAG